GCCUUUCAGCGAUACUUUUCAGUUUAGUCGACGAACGACAACGAUACGAACACGAAUCAUUUCGCUGUAGUUUCCGCGUGAAAAUUACAGAAAACAUUCUCAGCGAUAAGAGCAUUCAGCAUAUCUAGUGCGAAAUGGUGUCCGUGGAGACUAUAGGCUCUAUAUUCAUCAAGGCCCUGAAGCUGAUCAUCAACCUGGUGAUCAUCUUCUUGUACCGUUGGGGCGAUGGAGGCGAGUUCCUGGGCAUUGGCGGCACCUGGAACUUGAACGAGGAGAAGAGCGCCGAUGCGGAAAUCGUUGCCUCGGGCGUCAUGGUUGGAUUCUUGAUUUACACUGCAUGCCACACCAUUGCGUUUGCCUUCGGCACCACCAAACAUAAGGGAGAACUGUCCGACACCAUCAUGAACGUGGUUGGCUGCAUCAUGUGGAUCACCGUGGGCGGAGUGGCACUACACUACUGGAAGGGUUACAUGUCCGACGAGGGAUUCCUGUAUGUGAACUCGGAGCGCCAAGUGGGCAUUGCCAUGGGCUCGCUGUGCGUCAUCGAGGGCGCACUGUACCUGCUGGACACCGUGUUGGCUUGCAUACACUAUUCGAAGGGCGACACCGACUACACGAAGUAGAAACCGAAUAGUGGGGAUACCAAUCGCAAUCGCCGAAUGAACACCAUCCACAUUUGUCUUUAUACAUAGAUCGAUUUAAGUGCAAAUUAGUUAUUAUCCGCAAUCAAUUAUCAACAAUACGUUCGUAAGGGUCAAUUGUCGCUGUACUAUACACUAACUAUUUACAAUUUUCAUUCACGUUUAACAUCCCUAAAUUGGCAAAUACAAAUAGUUAAGACCACGCCACGGAUA